AGUGUGGAUUUACCAUUGGGUCAAUCAGGCACAUAGGCAGGACUAAUCUGAGUGUGGCCCUCCUACCUGAUACAAUUACCCUGAGUAGCAUGCCUCUUACUGUGGACUGUUCAGAAAAUCAGGAAAGUGUAAGCAUUACCGUCAGUGCCAUAAUCCCAGCAAGCAAUACAACCUAUGCCAUUUCGUGGGGCUACAAUGGUAAAGUGUCUCCUGAUGUAAAAAUGACAACUUCAAGCAGUUACGUCAACUACACAUUCAAUCCUGCCAUCUUCUGCAAACAAACGAUUGAACCAUAUGUUAAUAUCAGUUUUAAGAAUGUAAUCGGUCAAAUUAAAAGUGCACAAUUGAACAUCCCAGUUAUCUAUGCUGGGAAGCCAUUUUGUAAAGAGGAGCUACUGGAUAAAGAUACAUGGCCAAAAACCCCAGCUGGAGACACAGUGAUUAUUCGAACAUGCCCAGCAGGCACGGUUGGCUAUAAGUCCCGACCUUGUAACGGCCCAGCCUGGCAGGCAGUGUUCUCAAGCUGCAUCAGUGAACAAUUGAACAAAAUUUCAAAUGCAGCUGAAGCCUUCCUGAAGGGACUAGGGGCCACCACGGAGGUGGCCAAGAAUAUAUUUGAAGGGCUAAAGAACAGCUCUACAUUAAGUUCUGGAUCUGGUGAAAGUAUUGCUGACAUUAGCGCCUCCAUCGGUGUUCUAAAUAUGAUGGCCGACGCAUCAAACACAACUGUGUUGGGAGAGGAUAUCUUUCCUGAUUUUGUUAGUGCAGCAAGCAAUAUGUUGAAUGGCACCUGGAGUGGGGUAAAUGACACAAUUCGUUAUAAAAUGUCAUCAAACUACCUAGAGUCUGUGGAAGGUCUAGUGAAGAACAUUAAGGUCAACCAGAGCGACGGAAUCAACAGUACAAAUCUAGACCUUACAUUCUGUCGAAGUAAUGACUGUGCUGUGUCUGUGUUUGACAUUGGUGUGAAUAUGAACAAGACCAAUGGAAUACUGAAAACUGUAGCUGUGAAAAAUCUAAUGAGUAAAUUAAAUAACAGCUUUAAUGGCAUACAACCUGAACUUACCGACCUCAUAUUAUCAGCCACACUGGACAAUAAUAGUGAUUCAACUAUACAAAUUAGACUGGACUUCCCCAGUGGGAAAACCAACCCCACUCAACCUCACUGUGUCUUCUGGAACACCACAAGGAAUCAAUGGUCAGAUGAAGGAUGCAAUAUCAGCAUUUCUGAUAAAAACCACACAAUAUGUGAGUGCAACCACCUAACUGCAUUCUCUGUCCUAAUGUCCAAGGGUGAUGGAGGAAAACAAGAUCCUAUCCUUGAACUUAUUUCAAAUAUUGGCCUUGGUGUGUCCAUUUGCUCCUUGGUGAUCUUUCUCAUCAUUGAAUCUCUGGUGUGGUCAGCUGUGGUCAAGACUAACCUUUCUCAUUUUCGGCACACAGCUAUAGUGAACAUUGCCACAUUCCUCUUGCUUGCAGAUUGCAGUUUCUUGGCUUCUAGCAAUCCCAAGACUUUAACUGACAGCUGGUGUCUAGUACUGACCAUAUGCAAACACCUCUUUUUCUUGGCUAUGUUCUGCUGGAUGCUGUGCCUGAGCAUCAUGCUUGUCCACCAGCUCAUCUUUGUCUUCAGCCCACUGAGGAAAAGAGUUUUCAUGUUCCUCUCCAGCAUUUUAGGCUAUGUUUGCCCAAUCCUAAUGGUGGGAUCCAGCUAUGUGUACUGCAAAUACACCAACCAGGACUACUACGACAGCAAAACAUGCUGGCUAGUUUAUGUAAAACUCUUGGUUGGCUCCAUGCAUGCUUUUCUCCUGCCUGUGGGAACCAUUGUUUUGGCAAAUCUCUUUUCCAUGAUUGUUGUCAUCGUUACACUGAUGAAGACCUCAGUCCCUGACAGCAGCAAGGCCGAUGACAAGGAAACGGCAAAAGGCAUCCUCAAAGUGGUGAUUGUUCUAACACCUGUCUUUGGAGUGACAUGGAUUGUUGGCUUCAUUCAACUCAUCAUGUCUGAUAGCCCCAUCUAUAAUGUUAUCACCUACAUUUUCACCAUCCUUAAUACCUUCCAGGGUUUUUUUAUUUUGAUCACAGGGUGUUUUGCAGAGCAGAAGGUCAGAGAGGAACUGUUCAAGCUCAUAACUGGAAAAUCAAAAGGAAAUGACAGCACAAAGAAAUUCACUUCAACUACGUACACAAAAGACCACUGAAGAUGUAGACUGUGAAUCCUGAACUAACAACUCGCCUGUCCAACUACCCCGCUACAGGAGAAUACAGUUAGCAUUAAGUUAGUAUGUAGUUCAUUGACAUUUACAGUGCGUUGUUUAAGGAGAUUUAACUAAAUGUUGUUUAUAAUCAUAUCAUUAUCUAUAGUUAUAUGUAGUUUUCCUAAAAAGCAAUAGAACCCCUGUCUAGUUAUUAUUUAUGACCAAUUAGAAGUGCAUGACAGUGUCUUUAUCUCCAGAGACCCUGCCUUUCUUAUUUAUUCUUAUUUUGCCAUGUAACUGAUGUUUCUUGACUGUAACACAUAUACAGGACAAUAACAGCAAACAGGACGAAGAAUGCACUUCAGCUGCAUUGACAGAUAGUGUAAAACAUGGCUGUACCUGCCAUAUGUAAAAGUGAGGCUUGUCUUAUACUUUUGUUUGCAGUCAUUACUAAAUGCCGUCCUUGACAUAAAUGACAGCCUGAAUGGCAAGGGUUAGGGUUUCAGUGACUCGUUUCCAGUCAUCUUGGAAAUCUAGGUCAUUCUUCUUGCCAGAAAAGAGAAUUUCCCACGAUAUCUACAUCAACACAAGUUUCAUGGUCAGUUCUACCCUUCACUCUUCACAUCAGGUUUCAAAACACCAAAAUGCCACUCAAAAGAAUUAUCUUAAAGCUUCAAAUGAGAUUUCAGGAACCAGCGGGUAACAUUGAACAUCUUUUAUACUGUCUUUGGCUGAAGUGAAUCUGGUAGUGAGUUUGAAAAUUGUGUUUGCUAGCAAUAACCAAAAAAUGUAGCAUACUAUACCUUUAAAUAGAGCAUUGUUGUCAAUGAUUAGCGCUAAGGUUCCGAUGAUAUUUGUACAUGACACAUAGUACUUCUAGCUAUUCUUCUUGCUAUUAUUAUUAGCUAAGGUUGGUAGAUUUUGUCAGUUAUCUUUGUAGAUGCAAAAAUCAUUUGUUUUCUUCCAUUCCAAGUAAAAUUAAAGAUAACUAACUGUGUACAUCUUCGACUUAACUGGAUUUUGGAUAUUAAGUAGACCAAGAGUGCAAGUGCUCACUGUGCAUAGAACAAAGUAAAUGCUUUAACAAGUCCGGACUUGUUUAAUGGUUGUAUUUAAGAUGAAUUACUGUAUAUUUAAAUUUAUGUUUGGCGUGAACUAUAACCUGUAUACUAUCCCUGUGUGGCCACUG